AUCAAAGCAAGCAGCGUGUUUUCAAUAAUCGUACAUUUUUCAUCCAAACGUCCAAUUUUACGUCGGUAGCUUUUCCGGCGACGGUAUGUCUGGUGCCAGUGCCCGUUCGCUAAAAAUCUUCGUCGGCAACAUCGCUUGGACCGUGGGACACCGGGAGUUGCGUAACUACUUCAGCCAGUUCGGCAAGGUGUCGUGGGCCCAGGUAGUGUUCGACCGGAAGUCCGGACUGUCCAAAGGGUACGGGUUCGUGUCGUUCCAGAAGCGGUCUGCGCUGGAAAAUUUGGAACGCAACCAGAAGCACGUGCUAGACAACACGCCGAUCUUUUUCCAGCAAACAGAUUAG